GUCUUGGGGCGGCUCCGGGAUCUUGUUUUUAAACCGCUUUCGUGACGAUGAUAACUUGAUGUUCCAGAUCUGAGUAAAAUCAAGAUAGCAUCCUACAACAUCGGAACAUGAGGACACUGAGAUCAAACUGAGAGACUCUAAUUUGCAGUGUUAUUACCUCGUGUCGUGGAAGGUGAGAAUGAUCUUAAGUAGGACUAUUUUACAUUGUUCAUCCUAGUCUUCCUUCGUACCCCUCGUCAUCAAAUCUUUAUCUCUGCCUGCUGGACGAAAAAUCAAUGCGACUGCUACAUACCAAGAGAUUCACAUUAGAAACACCCGCGAAUGUGCCUUAUGCCAUCUUGUCUCACCGAUGGCUUGCAGACAGUGAAGAAGUCUCAUUCCAAGACUUGCAGCACAUGCCAGUUCCUCCCAGUGGAGGCUCUCAUGAUCAUCACAAUCACGCCCCCACUUUCCCUCCCAACGUCCUCGGCAAAAGCGGCCUCCAGAAACUCCAAGGAGCUUGCAACCAGGCCUCUCGGGCUGGUUAUCAGUAUAUCUGGAUUGACACAUGUUGUAUCGACAAAACCAACAGCACCGAGUUAUCAGAGGCGAUCAAUUCUAUGUAUGCGUGGUACAGGGACUCCGCUGUGUGCUACGUUUACUUGCACGAUGUCGAUAAAGAAGCCGUUGCGGCCGACGUCAAAACUGCUCUCGCAAGAGCUGUUUGGUUCGACAGAGGAUGGACCUUGCAAGAGCUGAUCGCUCCCAAAACUGUCUGUUUUUUUGCCAAGGACUGGUCCAAGAUCGGGACCAAGCACGAGUUUGCGUCUAUUCUCCAUGAAAUCACCCAUAUUCGCCAAGAGGUUCUCUUGGGUCGUCCAUGCACACUAAGCAUCGCGGAGAGGAUGUCAUGGGCUGCAGGACGAGUGACGUAUAAAAAAGAGGACAGAGCGUAUUCACUGAUGGGGUUAUUUGACAUCCACAUGCCUAUCAUUUAUGGAGAAGGAGAGAAAGCUUUCAGGCGCUUGCAGCUCGAGAUCAUGAAAUCUUCUGAUGAUCAAACCAUUUUCGCCUGGCACCUCUCGCUGGCUCAUCCCAGCAAUGUCAGGAAUCGCGGAUCGUUGGCACCUUCACCAGAUGCCUUCUCGUGCGCUUCUCCCCAUCCGAUCGUCAACAUCGAUCAUUCCCAUUUUGUCAAGUGUCUUCUUCUCACUGACCUACGGCGUGGCUAUUCCAUAUCGAACGAUGGCCUUCAUAUUACUCUACCCAUGAAGAAGGGAGGAGGAGAUGCGUGGCUUGCUGUCCUGAGAUGCAAAGGAGAAGAUCAGGAGUUUCCCUACGGGAUCUACUUAAAACAAAUAGCUGGUUCUGAUGAAUUUCUUCGGACUUCGCCGACAAAGCUUCGAAAACUCGAGUCCGAAGAUCUCAAAGGCCUCACCCCGCGUAAAUUUUCAGUCUACAGAUCUCAUUUGGGAUCGCUGCGGCUACUAUGUAUGCUCUGUCCCGGGAGGCAAUCAUGAUGGGGGUCAAUGGGGUGGCUACCAUGAUCUUCAUCGCGACACUCGGAUCGAGAUUUUAAAUGACGUGCAGUGUGGCUGCAUUUAC